GAGAGAGAGAGAGGGAGAGAGAGAGAGAGAGAGGAUUCCAGCGACAUCUGCAGAUUAAUGUCGGAUAUAAAGCAUGAUGAUUCAUGUGAGGUAUAUUGCUGCGUAAAUAUUGUCAUUCAUGAAACGCAUGCCUCCUCACGUGACAGAUGAAUAUACUUCCCCAUUGAUAUCGAGCACAGAGACUUCCUAAUAUCUGCACACUUGUGUAAAGAUGGAGUUUGUUAAAGAGGAGAGAGAAGCAGAAACAUGCAGCGAGAAAGAGGAAGAACCCGAGGAGCAGAGAGACGUGAUGGAAGAAAAAGGUGAAGGUCAAGAACCGAGUGAGGUGACGGAGAAGCAGCAGAGUCAGGAAAAGUCUUCUAGUUCCUCAGACACUGAAGAGAACGUUUCACAAAAAAGAGCGGAUGCUAAAGGCUCGUUCUGCUGCUCUCAGUGUGGAAAGAGCUUCACUCGUAAAGGACACCUGGAGGUUCACAUGGUGAUCCACACGGGAGAGAGACCAUACACCUGUCCUCAGUGCGCCAAGAGCUUCACCUGCAAAGGAAGCCUGAAGGAUCACUUCAAGAUCCACACCGGAGAGAGACCUUUCAGCUGUCCUCAGUGUGGAAAGAGCUUCACUAACUCAGGAGGACUGAAGAGGCAUGUUCGGAUUCACACCGGAGAGAGGCCUUUCACGUGCCGUCAGUGUGCGAAGAGCUUCCCGAGCUCAGGAGAGCUGAAGAGACACAUACGGAUUCACUCGCGAGAGAGACCUUACAGCUGCCCUCAGUGCGGAAAGAGCUACAAACAGAAGGAGGUUCUGAGGGAACACGCCAAGAUCCACUCGGGAGAGAAGCCUUUCACAUGCAUGCUGUGCAGGAAGAGCUUCACACAACAGAGCACGCUCAAAGUUCACAUGAAGGUCCAUUCAGGAGAGAAGUUACACCAGUGUCCUGAAUGCGGCAGGAGGUUUUCAGAGGCCUGCAAUCUCAAAACUCACCUGCUCUCUCACACCGGAGAAAGACCCUUUCACUGUCAGCGCUGCGAAAAGAAGUUUUUCCUGGCCGUGCACCUCAAAACACACAUGAGGAUCCACGAGGACGAGCGGCGAUACGUGUGUUCAUUCUGCGGGAAGAGCUUUCUGUGGCUGCACGGGUUUAAAGACCAUCAGAAAACUCAUAUGGGCGAGAAACCCUACGAGUGUCUGGACUGUGGGAAGACCUUCGCUAGAGCCGCCGAGCUGAAAGUGCAUGAACGCAUCCACACUGGAGAGAAACCCUACAAGUGUUCCCACUGUGAGAAGAGCUUCACUCAGUCAUCAGGACUGAAAGUGCACGAGAGAGUUCACACCGGAGAGAAACCGUACCUCUGUCCUUCCUGCGGGAAGACAUUCAGCCGAUACGGGAGUCUGGGAAAACAUUUAAAAAAGGCUUGUCCAAAGCUGAAGAAGUGA